GGGGUAUCUGAUCUGACUCUCAGACCACUACAAGCAACAGCUCAUUCACAGCUGAUCUUUCAAGCUCUGCUCUCCUCUUUCCUACCUUCUCCAAAAUCACUUGAGCCACACCCACGACCUCAGCAACACAUUCACCAUGCUCGCCUCAUCAAGAACCGCGCUGCGUCAGGUGGCCACCAAGCAGCUCUCGCUCAAGGCGUCUGUGCGAGCUGUCUCUGCUUGGUCGCAGGUGCCCCAGGGUCCUCCAGAUGCCAUUCUGGGUAUUACCGAGGCCUUCAAGGCCGACAGCAACCCAAAGAAGAUCAACUUGGGUGUUGGUGCAUACCGUGACGACAAGGGCAAGCCCUACGUGCUGCCGUCAGUCAGGGAGGCAGAGAAGAAGAUUGUCGACUCAGCGCUCGACAAGGAGUACGCUGGCAUCACCGGUGUACCCAACUUCACCAAGGCUGCCCUCAAGCUCGCUUAUGGCUCCGACUCGACUCCUCUCGCCGAAGACCGCAUCGCCGUGACUCAGACCAUCUCUGGUACUGGAGCUCUCCGCAUCGGUGGCGCCUUUUUCGAGCGUCAUUACCCCGGCGCGAAGGCCAUCUACAUCCCCAACCCGUCAUGGGCAAACCACGCUGCCGUCUUCAAGGACUCUGGCCUCAAGGUUGAGAAGUACCGUUACUACAACAAGGACACGAUCGGCCUCGACUUUGAGGGUCUGGUUGCAGACAUCAAGGCCAUGCCCAAGGGUAGCAUUGUCCUACUCCACGCUUGUGCCCACAACCCCACUGGUGUUGACCCCACCGAGGAGCAGUGGAUCAAGAUCGCUGAGGCUGUCAAGGAUGGCGAGCAUUUCCCCUUCUUCGACAUGGCCUACCAGGGCUUCGCCAGCGGUGACACCAACAAGGACGCCUUUGCGCUCCGUCACUUCAUCAAGGAGGGUCUCCGCCCUGUCCUUGCCCAGUCGUUCGCAAAGAACAUGGGUCUGUACGGCGAGCGUGUUGGUGCCUUCUCCGUCGUCUGCGAGUCUGCCGACGAGAAGAAGCGCGUCGACUCUCAGAUCAAGAUUCUCGUGCGCCCAUUGUACUCUAACCCCCCAGUCCACGGCGCGCGCAUUGCUUCUGAGAUCCUGAACGACUCGUCCCUUAACAAGCAGUGGCUCGGUGAGGUCAAGGGCAUGGCCGACCGCAUCAUCACGAUGCGUGCUCUGCUCAAGGAGAACCUCGAGAAGCUCGGAAGCAAGCACGACUGGAGCCACAUCACCUCGCAGAUCGGCAUGUUCGCGUAUACUGGCCUCAAGGCUGAGCAGAUGGAUGCUUUGGCCAAGGAGCACUCGGUGUACGCUACGAAGGACGGACGUAUCUCCGUUGCCGGCAUUACUAGCGAAAACGUGGGGCGCCUCGCCGAGGCCAUCUACAAGGUCAAGGGUUAAAUUACCCAAACAGGCGCUGUUCACGUUUGCUUCAAGAUUACACGGAGAUUUUCAGCAUUGCAUGGCGGCAUAACUGUACUAUACACACAGUGAUAGCGGCUAGACUGUACAUGGUAGUCGGC